AUGGUCUCGACAUCAUCUGUGGGGCCUGCAGGCACGACCUCGUCUCUCAAUGGCUCGAAAACUCCAUCGACCUCCCGAAACCAGAUACCUGGAAAGAAGGCUGUGAAGGGAAAGAAGAAUGCUCUUCAGCAACAUGAAAAGUCGCAGGAGCUUGAGCAAGACUUCACAAGAAAACAUCUUGGAGUACUCGGUGUAUUGGCUUGGAUCCUAUUCUUACAUGCUGCUGGCAUCUACUUCUUCAAAAAUGGCUUCCUUCUUACGAGGAUGGUACUGGACAAUAAAUCAUCCUGCGAGUUACCCCCUUUUGACGACGCCGUACAUGCAGAAAAUAAAGGAACCGGUUGCUGGCAUGAGAAAUCGUUUGAAAAGGCCGUUGUAAUCAUCAUAGAUGCUCUCCGAUAUGACUUCACAGUGCCGUUCUCGCCCCAUGAACCGAAUGAAGAAGCUCAGCUUUUUCAUGAUAAUAUUCCCAUCCUAUACGAGACCGCUGUCAAGAGUCCUUCCAAUGCUUUCUUGCUGCCUUUCAUCGCUGACCCGCCAACGACAACUUUGCAGCGACUGAAGGGUUUGACUACGGGAACCCUGCCCACUUUCCUCGACGCCGGUUCCAACUUUGCCGGCACUGCAAUCGACGAGGACAAUCUAGUUGCGCAGUUGCAUGGCGCCGGGAAAACCCUGGUGCAGCUCGGUGACGAUACAUGGCAAUCACUUUUUCCGGGAUACUUUGAUGAGAACCUUACUCAUUCUUAUGAUUCGUUCAAUGUGUGGGACUUGCAUACAGUUGACAAUGGCGUCAAUAAAAAUCUGUUCCCUCUCUUGCGUCCAGAAAACAGUGCUAAGUGGGAUGUUAUUUUUGGACAUUAUCUCGGUGUUGACCAUGCCGGUCACCGCUAUGGACCUAAUCACCCUGCCAUGGCUGCCAAGCUCCAGGAGAUGGAUGGGGUCAUUCGCAAAAUCAUCGCUUCUCUGGAUGAAAAGACACUGCUAGUUGUGAUGGGAGACCAUGGAAUGGACACCAAGGGCGAUCACGGUGGCGAGUCUGACGAAGAGGUACAGGCGGCUCUUUGGAUGUACUCGAAGCGCAAAUCUUUCGGCCGUACAGACCAGGAGACUGUGCUCCCACCAAAGCAUGCUAAAGACCGAUCUGUCCCUCAGAUCGAUCUUGUCCCGACUCUCUCAUUGCUCCUCGGCAUGCCCAUUCCGUUCAACAACCUGGGCUCCCCCAUCGAAGAAGCCUUUGUUGGACCUAGUGGCAAUGACUGGGCUAACUUGGCUACCGUUAAUCGUCUGACAUCCGCUCAGAUCAAGAGGUAUCAGCAUGCAUAUGCGAAUGCUCAAGGCGCCGGUGAUGACAAAGAGUCGUUUGCUCUUUGGAGUGCUGCAGAGGAGGAGUGGAAGUCCUCAUCGAAGGGCUUCACUUUCAAGUCGACCGCCGUCCGUUCCAGCUAUGAGCUCUAUCAUAAAUACCAGCGACACACUCUUGACAUUUGCCGUGGACUUUGGGCCCGUUUCGAUAUCGCUGGUAUGAUUCAGGGUGUUGUUCUUCUCUUCAGCGGUAUAUGUGUGUUGGUUCUCUAUGCGCGUGGAAUGAAAGCGGACCGAACUGAGCUCACUUCAAAAAUAUUAUCCUCUGUGGGUAUUGGAUCUGGAGUAGGUGCUGCAGCUGGUGCCGUCUUGGGCUUGGUAGGACUUACCAAUAUGACAGUCAUUGAACUUUCUGUCUUGCUGGCUGCGGUGGGAAGUAUAGUGGGUGGUGUGCUUGCCAUGGUCGACAAGUCAUCCCAUCUGACUUUUCCUCUCCCCAACGGUAUUUGGGGAUGGCUUGCCUUUUUUUUCACAUUAUCACAGUCAUUGGGAUUUGCAUCCAAUUCUUAUACAAUCUGGGAAGACGAGAUUCUCCUCUUCUUCCUCACCACUUUCGGCGUCUUUGCCGGUGUCUCAUCCAUGCGCCAGAAGUUGACCACAGACCGAGUCCUCGGAGUAUAUCAUUCCGUCCUUUUCGUGAUCCUAGGUCGAGUCGCGUCCUUUUCUCGCCUCUGCCGCGAGGAACAGAUGCCCUUUUGCCGUUCCACCUACUACGCAUCUUCUACCUCCUCCAUCUCCGCGCCUUGGCAAUUGGGGAUUCCAUUCCUGGUCACUCUCUUUCUUCCCAGCGUGGUUCGGUCCUUCUACACAGGCUCCAAGUCCUACGAAGGCGCCGCUGCUUUGUGGAUUGGGUUUGCUUUCCGCCUAGGUCUGCUCAUCACGUCGCUGUUUUGGCUGCUUGAGGGCGCCGACGACGGUGAAUGGCUGCCCAUGAGCAAAGACACGCUCAAGUCUAUUCGGACUUUUCUAGCGCAGAUUGUUCUUGUGCUGGCCUUUGGUGCAGGCACUGCCGCAUACUUUUACUCAAAGCCAUGUGUUAGCAUCAGUGUGAAUAAGCCAGCCGAGGACCCCAAUGCGCCCCCAGCUCCCAUUAUCGCUGGCCAGCAGCAGCAACCGCGAACCACUGUGACUAUCUUGGGCUUCGGCAAUGUACAUGGCACACGUUUCUUCUUCCUAGUUGUCAACUUUGCCCUUGCCAUCAUCCUCAUGCAAAAGCCUAUGGGCCAAGGCGCCAUUGCCCUCCUCCUUUGGCAAAUUCUCUCCCUCCUUGAAAUUCUUGAUACAAACGCCCUCACCCUGACCAACUCCUCCAUCGGUCCUGUCGUACUGGGUGUCCUCGGAUCAUUCUACUACUUCAAGACAGGCCACCAAGCGACACUGAGCAGCAUCCAAUGGGAAUCAGCCUUCAUUCCUCUCUCCACAAUCAAAUACCCCUGGUCACCACUCCUAGUAGUGCUGAACACCUUCGGCGCACAAAUCUUAGUCGCUCUCGCCGUGCCACUAACUGUCCUUUGGAAACGCCCCCUCCAAACUCACGACUCCAACUCUAAGUUUGCGAAUCCCGCCACAAAACUGCUCUCAGAUGUCAUGCAAGCUGCGUGCACACACAUUCUAUACCUAGCUACUAUCAACCUGGCCACGACCAUGUGGGCUGGCCAUCUACGUCGCCACCUAAUGCUCUACCGCAUCUUCAGCCCUCGUUUCAUGAUGGGUGCGGCUGUCCUGGGUGUCGUGGAUGUCGUUCUCAUGAUUUUCGCUGUUGCUGGUGUGCGUUGGAGCACUCUUAGCGUUGGCGAGGUCUUUGGCUGGUGA